AUGAGCAAGACAUCACAGCAGAACACAACUGCAGAAAGCAACGGAGUAAGUGUCAUCUACACCCAAGCACAAGCGAGUGGGUUGCAGCAGGUUCCUCAGUUGGUGCCUAUUAGUCCUGGAGGUGGAGGCAAAGCUACGCCUCCCAGUAAGCAGGGCAAGAAGAAUUCCACAAUUGAUAGAAACAGUGAUGAGUACCGCCAGCGCAGGGAGCGCAACAACAUGGCGGUGAAAAAGAGUCGUUUGAAAAGCAAGCAGAAGGCCCAGGAUACUCUGCAGAGGGUCAACCAGCUCAAAGAGGAGAAUGAACGCUUGGAGGCUAAAAUCAAGCUCCUGACAAAGGAACUGAGUGUACUCAAAGACUUGUUUCUUGAACACGCUCACAACUUCACAGACAGUGUGCAACCUCUUGGCACAGAAAGCACUGCCACAAAUUCAGAUGGCUCUGGACAAUAG